UUUAUCCUAGUCUUUAAACCAUCAAACUUAAAACAUUGUAUUUGCUAAAUUCUACUUAAUUGAAUUUAAGCUUAUUUAUCGUUAACUUUUGACCAUUAAAUUAGUGAUUACACUAUUGACUAUUUUCUUCGUUCUUUUUUAAUUACAAUAUUGGGAGUUUUAAACUUGCCAACACAUAUCAUUUCACUAAUAUCUCUAAGUAUAUGCGUCAUUCAUAUGUAGUAGUGUCAAAUUUCAAACAUUGCUUUUAAACAUAUCGAAACAAAAAGAAAUAAUAAGGCCUAUAAGAAAAAAAAAAAAUUGUAUAAAAAUAGUAGGUUAUUGAAUUAUGCAUAUAACGAUGACAUUUUUUAUAUCGAAAAUAAUUUUUUAAUAAUAAUAAUUAUUCGGACAAGCCAAAAAAUCCUCAUCUGAAUCUCGAAACUCUCCUCAUCACACCUAAACUCCUAUUCACGAUCUCACGAUACCACCUAACCCCCCUACUCUCUCUCCUUCAUCACAAAUCCCCAUUUCAUUUCUCACUCGAACAGAAUCUCUAAGCCAUGAGCUGGUGGUGGGCUGGCGCCAUUGGUGCAGCUAAGAAAAAACUCGAUGAUUCAGAUUAUGUAGCAAUAACAUCAAGAAACUAUCAGAGCGUAGCUCUGGUAGUUGGAGUUACAGGAAUCGUAGGCAACAGUUUAGCAGAAAUCCUUCCUCUUUCGGACACUCCGGGCGGGCCGUGGAAAGUUUACGGCGUGGCCCGACGUCCACGGCCCGGCUGGAAUUCGGAUCACCCAAUUGAGUAUAUCCAGUGUGAUGUCUCUGAUGAAAACGAUGCCGUAUCGAAACUUUCCCCGCUUACUGAUGUUACUAAUGUUUUUUAUGUAUGUUGGGCAAACUGUGAGUCUGAAGCUGAAAACUGCAGGGUUAACAGCAGGAUGUUUCGGAAUGUGAUCAAUGCAUUGGUUCCGAACGCGCCGAAUCUGAAACAUAUAUGUUUGCAGACAGGGGUGAAACAUUACUUGGGACCUUUUGAGUCUUGGGGAAAGAUUGAGCAUCAUGAUCCUCCAUUUACAGAGGAUAUGCCUAGGUUGAAUGCGCCUAAUUUUUAUUAUGAUCUUGAGGAUAUAUUGUAUGAUGAGGUUGCUAAGAAGGAGGACUUAACAUGGUCUGUCCAUCGACCUGGGGGGAUUUUCGGGUUUUCCCCGUAUAGUUUGAUGAAUGUUGUGGGUAGUUUGUGUGUUUAUGCUGCUAUAUGCAAGCAUGAGGGGACUCCACUGCAGUUCCCGGGUACGAAAACUGCCUGGGAGAGCUACUCCCAGGCGUCUGAUGCGGAUUUGAUUGCAGAGCAUCAGAUAUGGGCUGCAGUGGAUCCGUAUGCCAAGAACGAGGCGUUUAAUUGUAGCAAUGGAGAUGUGUUUAAGUGGAAGCAGCUAUGGAGGGUGUUGGGGGAGCAGUUUGAGGUCGAGAUCAUGGAGUUCGAUGAGAACGAAGGCAGGUUUAGUCUCGAAGAGAGGAUGAAAGGGAAGGAAGGGGUGUGGGAGGAGAUAGUGAGGGAGAAUAGUUUGGUGCCUUCAAAGUUGAAUGAGGUAGGGACUUGGUGGUUUGUGGAUGCAACUCUUGCUGGAGAAUGGUAUUUGGAUAGCAUGAACAAGAGCAAGGAACAUGGAUUUUUGGGAUUUAGGAACACCAAGAAUUCUUUCAUUUCUUGGAUUGAUAAGAUGAAGGCUUACAAGAUUAUCCCUUGAAAAAAAAUGAAAAAUAUGUAUAUUUUUUUUUUUUUUUUUUUGAAGUUGUUGUAAUUGGCUUUUUUUGCCUUUCUUUUGGUGAUGAUUAUUUCCUGUAAUCAGAAUAAGAUAGGAAUAAUGUGACUCCUAAAACUGAAUUCAAUUUAAUUGGCUUUUUGUUUCUUA